UUUUCCUGACUCAUCCUCUGUUUUACCGCUGAAUGCUUCUCUGUCACUUUCCCCGCCUGCACAAACAUAACUCAGUCACAGGAAGUGCUCUACUGCUUUCAGUUACGUCCUCACUAAGCGUAUCUCUUGGUCAGUGUGUGUUCAAGUGCAGAUACAGUGAAAAUAGAGGAAGCUAUUUUUCUUUAAACGUUGUUAGAGCUGAUAUAACCACAGCUUCCACCCAAGAAACUGCAGCAUUUGUAGGAAGUUCGUAUUUUAAGAGUUCACCAAGUAACUGAAAUGACAGCCAAAGCAUGCAGAUGUCUGCAAAAUGACGUGGUGAGCCUCACAUGCAAAUCUAAAACCUCCCUUGCUUGCCUGGUAGUAACCAUAAUGUAAUAGCUGAUGCAUAAACAUACGCUAGCAAUAAAUAAGCUGUUAUAUUAUUGUACUCAUGGUGUAAAUAAUGCAUUGUAAAAGGUCUCAGUGGAGUCACUUAAUAUGAUAAAUAACACGCCUCCAUCUUGCCCUGCAUUAUAAAAAACGCUGCAUUUAACGUUAUUUAUGCUACUUUUGAAGUAUAUGUUUAGUUAGAUACUUUAUUGAUCACAGGUGGGAAGUAAUGUGCUACAGCUGCAGGAUGAUAUUUGUGUGCAGUCUCAUGUCUCACAGUCUUAUCAUGAGUAAGGCAGGCGCUGAUGAAGGUGGAGCUGGGGGCUGCAGUGAUUCAGCCAAACAGCUGGAGGCUAAAGAUGAAAAAGGAGGAAAGUUGCUGAGCAAACCAUCUGCUGGAUCCGGCUGGACCAAAGUGAGCUGCCCCUGCUGCUUCUCAGAGCGGGUGGAGCCGCUGGUUCUGGUGAAGCUUGGCGGGAAAGUCGGCCCCGAGACGAAGCGCUGGCUCAUCAAGGUGAUUGGAGCUCCUCAGAAAGAUGGAGGUGAGGGCUCAGAUAUCAGCAACAGCACAGAAUGUGCUUAUAUGUACAGUUUAGGGAUUAUGAUUAAUUUUAAGUCUUUAAGUCAUCCUGGGUUGAAGAGAUUCGAUGUGAUGACACUGAGUGAUGUUGCAGGGCAGAAGCUUUCCUCAGCCGGUGUUGUUGUGGACACGUUUCCCCUCCACAACCGAAAAAAACUGAAGGACCUCCGUGAAGCCUGGUACUCGGGGAAUCAGCUGGCUCAGCCACUUGAUUCAGUCAAUGACUAUUUUGGAAGCGCUGUGGCGUUUUACUUCAGCUUCCUUGAUUUCUACACCUGGUCUUUGCUCACACCUGCAAUACUGGGCCUGGCCAUCUCAUACUUCUCAGGUGAGGUUAAGAAGGAAAUGGUGGAUUCGGUCUCGGGAUCGAAGGUCAUAAUUAAUGAUGAUGACUCAGGACCGAUGAUCAGCGGCCACAUGCUUCAGGCGAUGUUCAGCAUGAUCUGGUCCACGGUGUUCAUGGAGCUGUGGAAACGCCGGAGCUCCUCGUUGUCGUACCGCUGGGGGACCAUGAACCUCGCAGAGCGUUUUGCAGAGCCUCGGCCCAAUUUCUACGGUGACCUCGGCGUAAACCCCGUUACAGGUCGCGUGGAGCCUCUUUUCCCUGAAUGGAAGAGAGACCUGCGCAUGGUGCUGGUGUCGGUCCCAGUUGUGGGGCUGUUUCUAGGGCUAGUGGUACUCGGUAUGAUGUGUUUCUACUGGGGGGAGGCCCAGGUGAAACAGCUACACAAAGACUGGAACUCCCUGCUGUCUCAGGCUUUGCUCUACAUACCCUCAGUGCUUCACAUCGUUUACACAAACAUGCUAGGAAAUGUUUACAGGAACGUGGCGCAGAGUCUGACUGAAUAUGAAAACCACAGAGAGGAGUCCGCCUUCGAGAACCAUCUGACAGCCAAGAUUUUGGUGUUCACCUUCUUCAACAAUUUUGCCGUGCUCUUCCACAUUGCCUUCUUCAAGCAGGAUGUGCCCCUGCUUCGUAAGCGCCUGGCGUCUUUGUUGAUCGUGAGUCAGCUGGUUAACCAGGUGACAGAGGUGGUUAUACCUUUCCUGGUGGACAGAUUCAUCAGCGCCCCCCACAGGACAGAGAGUGAAGAUGACCCUAAGGAGGACAAAUUCCGGAACCAGAGAACCCUGCCUGUUUUUCCUGGCCUGUUUGCAGAAUAUAUAGAGCUCCUGGUGCAGUUUGGGUAUUUGAGUCUUUUCUCCUGCGUGUAUCCUCUGACGGCCGUGCUGCUGCUCAUCAACAACAUAACGGAGAUCCGAUCAGACGCCUAUAAGAUCUGCAACCUCUUCCGCAAGCCCUUCUCCCCUCCUGUGGCUAACAUGGGCGUGUGGCAGGUUGCCUUCGAGGUCUUGAGUUUCGUCUCUGUUAUUUCUAACUGCUGGUUGCUGCUGCUGUCGCCACGGUUACAAGAGCUGUGUCGCGAGGGCGGCCUGAGCAGCACGAACGUCCUGCUGUUGGCUGUUUUUGGGGAGCACGUGCUGAUCUUAAUCAAGUUUAUUAUGGCAGCCCUGAUUCCCGAUGAACCCGACUGGAUCAGGAAGAAGAGGGAUCAAAUGGAGUACACAUCCAUGCAGGCCCUGAAAGAACAGAAGCUGCAACCUGAAGUGUCCUAACUGUGUUUCAAGGUUGAUGAGAUGGUUCUUGAUGUCAUUGGAGGCCACCAUCUUUAGCGUUGUGUGGAACCCAGCAGGAGAAAAGUAGUGGAUCUCCAGCGGGGCCCAUGAUGUUUACUGCUGUGCCCCUGUGUUAUCCCAAAGUGUAUCUGCAGCUCUUUUCUCACUGAUUAAGCCAAUGCUUCUGUGAUGGGCACACUUUGAAAUGCAUCUUCAUAAUAUCCGUGCAAUUGAAACAGCAGCUAAAUAGUUUAUUAGACAAGGGAAUGUAACUGUUACGCUGCAGGUGAAGGCCAAAGGUAUUUUUUGCAGAAACCCUCUAAAAUGUAAUUAGAACUUUCGCCACAAGGUGGCAGCGUUUUAUAAGAAAAUUUUAGAGUAGUAGUCCAGCCCAACCAGCAUCUUUAGCGUUGCUAUCUUAAAAUUUGACUCCUGAUUAAUCUAAUGUUUUUCUUUUUUUAAAGCAUGGCCUGUGCUUUUCUAGUUACCAAAAUAGGUGGGCAAGUAAGAUAGUAACACAAAUUCAGUGUGAAUGUUGAGCUAACUCUCGCUUGAAUAAUUGGAUGACACACUAACUCGCUGUACCAUCUUGUGGUUCAAAGUGGUAUUACAAUUGAGCGCAGCGAAGCCUUAAUUUCACUUUAUUUGAUAUCUCUCCAUCGUGAUACAUAUACACAGGGAUUUAAGUGGGCUGGAUCGAUCCAGCAUAUGCCAUGGACUUGUAACAUCAUAGUCUGUUUACAGUUUUAAUUACUUUUUAAAGGUUUUACAUUAUUUUUAAAUUGU